AUGGCAUCAACUCAAGCAGGCGCCGGCAUCGGCAUCGCCAACCUUCCCAACCAGCGCCAUGCUAUUGCUUCCAAGAAGGGAAGCGCCUUGACCAUGAUGAUCGCAGGCAAGCAAGCAACUCCUCGCCCAUUGAUUGGCGAGUCUGGUCUCGGAAAGACUACCUUCAUCAACACCCUCUUCACCACCACCAUCAAGGCUCCCAAGAACCACAAGCGCCGUUACAACAAGACGACCGAGAAGACCGUCGAGAUUGAGAUCAUCCGCGCUGAGCUCGAAGAGAAGCAGUUCAGCGUCAAGUUGUCUGUGAUUGACACUCCUGGAUUUGGAGAUUAUACCAACAAUCGCGACAGCUGGAUGCCCAUUAUUGACUUUAUCGACGAUCAGCACGAGUCGUACAUGCGUCAGGACCAGCAACCAAAGCGUCAGGAGUUGAGCGACAUGCGUGUUCACUGCUGCUUGUAUUUCAUUCGCCCCACCGGCCACACCUUGAAGCCUCUUGAUAUUGAGGUCAUGAAGCGUUUGGGAACUCGCGUCAACUUGAUCCCUGUUAUUGCCAAGGCCGAUACCAUGACCCCCACCGACUUGCACAAGUUCAAGAAGCGCAUCUUGGAGGUCAUUGCUGCCCAGAACAUCCAGUGCUACACCUUCUCUCUUGAGAGUGACGAUGAGGCUAGCACCAAGCGCAACAUGAGCAUCAUGGAUGCCAUGCCCUUCUCCAUCAUUGGAAGCACAGACGAUGUUCAAACCAGCGACGGUCGCACUGUUAAGGGACGUCAGUACUCCUGGGGAGUUGCCGAAGUCGAGAAUGAGGACCACUGCGACUUUAAGAAGCUUCGCCAGUUGUUGAUCCGCACGCACAUGUUGGACUUGAUCCACUCUACCGAAGAGACCCACUACGAGAACUACCGUCGCGCCCAGAUGGAGACCCGCAAGAUUGGCGAGCCAAAGGUCAAGACUGUGACCAACCCCAAGUGGAAGGAGGAGGAGGAGGCCCUUCGCAAGCGCUUCACUGAGCAAGUCAGACUUGAGGAGAACCGCUUCAGGUCAUGGGAGCAGCAGUUGAUUGCUGAGCGUGACAGAUUGAACAAGGACUUGGAAGCCGAGCACUCUCACAUCAAGGCUCUGGAAGCCGAGUUGGAGUCCAUGCAGGUCGGCCUCUCCCCCAAGCGCAAGUAA